AUGCCAAAAACAAAGAAAGAAACUGUUAAAGAUAAAAAACAGUGCACAUCAAAAAAGACUGCAAUUAAACGAAUUAAAAGGCCAGUUUAUAAAUUUAAUUUACAUAAAAUUUUGAAAAAUAGACAAUUAGAAAAAAAUGUUUGGGAACAAACUGCUAAACAUGAUGAGGAGAUGAAAGUUAUUGACGAAUCGUAUCAAGAACUAAAUGAGACUAUUGAUUUUGAAGACAAUGACAAACUUCCUAUUGAAUCAAUUCAUUUUGAUCCUGCUGUCUUAUCUAAUUACAAUAUACCCUUUAAAGACAGCUCAGAUUCUGAUUUAACAAAAUUGUGUAUGCAACGUUUACAAAUUAUGUUAAUCGAAGGAAAUGAACUUGAAGCCAGCAUUCAUUUUAACCAUUUGAUGAAAGCAAAUUGGUCCCCAGUAUUUGAUAUUGUCCAAAAUAUUUUAUGCAAAUGGUCUGCUGAUUUGGAUACUCAAACUAGUGAUCCAUCAAUUGAGUAUCAAAUUAAAAAUUAUAAAAACAUUAAAAGGCACAAUUUUGAAUUAGUAUUAAAUUGCAUAUCUUCCAGUAUACUGAAAAAUAACAAGACAUUUUGUGUUGACGAACUUUUAACAAUAGCCAAAUAUACUGUUACAAUAUACUUUCACCUUGGUGGACAAAUGAUAAAUGUAUUAAAAAGAUUAUUUAGUGUUUGUAUUGAAACAGCAUUAGAAAAAGACAAUGGUUCCGCUAUUAUAGUUUUUGCUGAAGAAUUGUAUUCAGAACACAAUGAAGAUAAUUUAUUAAUUAUGAUGGUUGAUUUAUUUCUGCCUUUGGAAGGACAAAUAUUGGAAAAAAUGUAUACUUAUUUAACAUACAAAAUAUUCAAGUUACUUUUAGGAAAGACUGACAAUAAGAAUACAUUUCCAUCUAGCAUCAAAGAAUGGUUUGUACAAGAUUUGUUAGAAAUGAAUUAUUUUAAAGAAAAUCCAAAUAAAGUAUUGUCCAGUGUUGUUCAAUUGUUAGAACAUGUUGUUUUUGUAUUUGACUUAUACCAAGAAGAUAAAAAAAUGCAUAGCAUGUAUAACUUUCUGAAUUCUGCGAUCAAACACAGCGGAAUAUCAGAUUCUAUAAAACUCGUCAAUAUAAUAGACCAGUGGAGGUUGCGAUUAUUUCGUUUAUUUGUUGACCGUCAAGCUGGAACUUUGGGUUCAAGUCGAGAAUCUGGCUUAGGAAGUGAUUCUGACAACAUGGCUGAAUUGGCACAGCUGUUACAAGCUGAUAUACCGGAGGGCCGUAAGAGUUUGACAGACAGUCAUGUAAAUUUAGUGCGUGUUGCUGAAUACUGUGAAGUAAAUUAUUUUCAAGCUGAGAAUAAACGAUUGGCUUUAGAAGAAACAAAAAACUAUACCACCCAGUCGUUAGCUAGUGUUGCAUGUCAAAUAAACACACUUGCUUAUAACUUUUUACAAUUAUUGGACCUUCAAACCAUUCAACUAUCUAAAAUGGAUAGUCAAAUCAACCACAUUGCUCAAAACGUAAUGAUUCAUAAAGAAAUAGUUGCUAGACAAGAAAUCGGUGUAUUGACAACAAAUAAAACAACCAACCGUCAACAUAAAAUCAUCGCACCUGCUAAUCCAGAAAAGCCUAUUAAAUAUGUUAGAAAACCAAUUGAUUUUACAGCACUUGAUGAUAUUGGCCACGGUGUUCGUAAAACUUCCUGUAUGGUCUGUCAACCAAUUUCCAAUAGUUCCAGUGCUUCAACUAAUAUGUCAUUUGUUGGUCCUGCUCCUACAAUCAAACCACCUACACCUCCAGCAGUUAUACGAGCCACUGGAUCAUUGAGUAAAGGGUAUCGUGAAUAUCGCACAACUCCCGCCGUUGCUCCACGACAAGUUCCCAGUCAUUAUGCUCUUAAUUAUCUACUAGCUCCACCGUCUCUUCAUACAUUAAACACAAGAAUGGAAGUUGGACCAGAUUUGUUGGACCAUCAUCUCCAUCAGGCUACUUUUUCAUCAAAUACUUCUCAACAGUCAUCUACAGACCAUUAUUAUUCAAACAUAUCUCAACAAUCUUCUACAGAUCAUUAUCAUUACCUCUCUAAUACAUCGCAACUAUCAUCUACCGAUCAUUUUCGUUCAAAUUUAUCUCAACAAUCAUCCACCGUUCAUUAUAGUUCAAACAUCCCUCAAAAGCCACCUGCUGAUCAUUAUCGUUCUAACAUUCCCCAGCUAACAACUACUGACCACUAUCGUGCAAAUACCUCACAGUUACCUGGUAUCUUAAAAAACUCAGCACAAUAUUAUUCUUCAUCUGCAGUAGUCACAUCCCCCCAACAGCAACAUACUAGACAAGCAUCAGCUUCUCUGCCAUUACCACGACCUCCAGAAGAUUAUUUUGGUCAUAUUGCUGCUGGCUCAAUUGUACCCCAAGAACCUGAUCUUCCAGGAUGGGUUCCUAAGAAUUAUUCGGAGAAGGUAAUUGCAAUUUAUGAUUAUUAUGCUGAUAAAGACGACGAAUUAAGUUUUCAAGAAAAUUCAGUUAUUUAUGUCUUAAAGAAAAAUGAUGAUGGUUGGUGGGAAGGCGUAAUGGACGGAAUUACAGGGUUAUUCCCAGGAAAUUAUGUUGAAGGCUGUAAAUAA